AUGACAGACGACAAUCACACCGAAGCCAGCUUCUCGCUCGCCGACGAUGUGUACGCUCGCACCAUCGACAAGCUGAGAGAGCUUGGCUUGUCGAAUCUCGUCGCCCUUCCUCAGCUGGUCGUGGUUGGUGACCAGUCGUCCGGCAAGAGCUCGGUUUUGGAGAGCGUGACUGGAUUCGCCUUCCCUCGCGCUCCGGAGCUCUGCACGCGCUAUGCUACGCAGAUAACUUGUCGACGAGAUGACGUCGAGGGUGUCACCAUCACCAUCAUCCCGUCUCCCAACUCGGAUGGCUCUCGCAGGGCGGAGCUGGAGCAGUUCAAGAGAACCCCGCGCAUGGAGGCACUGGCUCUUGCCACUGUCUUCCGUGAGGCAAACAAGAUUCUGAAGAUUCGCGAGGCUCCAACUACCAGCAGCUUCGAUGCCAUGUCAACGUUUUCGGAGGACACCCUCAAGAUCGAGAUCAGUGGACCCACCCAACAACACCUGACGGUUAUCGACGUUCCCGGCAUCUUUCGUACGGCCACCACCGGCUGGACCACCGCCAGCGAUAUCGAACUGGUUAACAAGAUGGUCAAAAGCUACGUCAGCAGCUCGAGAGCUAUCAUCCUCGCUGUUGUUCCUUGCAAUGUCGAUAUUGCCACCCAGGAGGUUCUUACCUUGGCCAAAAAGUUCGACCCUGAGGGAGUUCGCACGAUGGGUGUCCUCACAAAGCCUGAUCUUGCCACGGAGAGGGCUACGCAGCAAAUCGUCUGCGAACUCAUCGAGGGAAAGAGAUUUCCUCUGCGUCUCGGAUACUGCGUCGUGAAGAAUCGCAGCGCAGAUGACAACAACUCCACGCUCGGAGACAGAAACGCAUCCGAGAAGAACUUCUUCUCUACGACUCCUUGGUCGAGGCUUCGGACUACCAAGAGAAUUGGCGUCGACAACCUUCGUGUCCGUCUUAGCACCCUUCUCAGAGAGAUAUCGAAGAAGGAAUUCAAGAACGUCGCGGCUGAAGUCGAGCGUAACCUGUUCAGUGCCUUCAACGCCCUUGAGGCGAUGGGCCCGCCGAGGGACCGUCCUGAGAACCAGCGACGAUACUUGGGACAGUUGAGCACGGACUUCCAGGACAUUGCCCGCCGUGCGCGUGACGGUCACUACAGUGGUAUGGAGAUUUUCGACCAGCAUCAACAGCUUCGUCUUGUCACCAACGUCGUGGCCCUUCAAGAGAUCUUCAGUGAUACCUUCGAGAAAUGGGGCCAUACUCGUCUUUUCGAGGGUACUGCCCAGAAAAAGAUUCAAGACACCCCUCCUGUUCUGCUUACUCUGUCCGAAGACCAUGGUCCCGAGAUGGAGGGCGUGAUUGACGACCUGCAUGGAAUACUGAGAGAUCUUGACUUCGACUGCCCGGCACCUCGGGCAGAUUCGCUGACCGCCCAGAUAGAGAUGGCUUUCAAGAGGACUCGAGGUCCCGAGCUUGGAACGUUUAGUAGCUCUGUCCUGGGCGAGGUUUUCAGAGAGCAAGCCAAGAAAUGGGCACCGUUGAUUCUUCAACAAACCAGCCGGGCCAUCAUUCUGGUUCAUAUCUUCAUCGGCCGUUUGCUCGUCAUCAAGUUUCCCGAUGCCAACCUCCGAAGCAAAGUUUUCAACAUUCUUUUGAAGCAGAAGCUGCGAGCUGCUUACCAAAGGGCCAUGGACCAUGCCGUGUUCCUUCUCGAUGUUGAGAUCAACGGACAGCCUUACACACUCAACCAUUACUUCAACAGUAACCUCCAAGUUGCCCAGGCUGGUAGGCUCAAGCAGACGCUACAGAAAGUCGCCGGCCAGAAGGAAUCCAGCCUCGAUGACACCGACUCCGCGGGUUGGUGGGUCACGGAGGAGAUGCUCUCCAAGCUCACGCAAGACCGGUCCAACGCCGAGCAAGUCCGCGUCGACAUCCACGACAUCCUGCACAGCUACUACAAAGUCGCGCGCAAGCGUUUCAUUGACGUCAUGUGCCAACAGGUCAUCUUCCACUUUCUCCUGGACGCCAAGGACGGACCCCUCAAGAUCUUCUGCCCCGACCUGAUCAUGGGCCUGGACGAUGCUCAGCUCCGCGCCAUCGCGGGAGAAGACGCGAACACUAGGGAAGCCCGCGAGCAGCUGACCCAAGACAUCGAGCUUCUCAGAACCGCGAUGAAAGAGUUGAGCUACGGCAUCCACGUUUGA